AUGACAAACAUAAGGCCAUGGCUUGCUGUCUUGGUGCUAGUCAUGGCGAUCAUCAUGGUAGCCGCUAAGGCUUCCGACGUUCACGAAUUUAGCUUUCACAACACGGCCAGCGUGGGUGAUCUCGUCGGCGAGGACAACGAGAUGAUGAUGGAUUCUGAGUCUAAUCGUCGAACCCUCGCCGGACGGAAAAGAUACAUUAGCUAUGGUGCACUAAGGGCUAAUCAAAUCCCAUGUGGUCGUCGUGGACAAUCUUACUAUGAUUGCCAGAGGAGAAAGCAGGCCAACCCUUAUCGUCGUGGUUGCAAUAGAAUCACACAUUGUGCCAGAAACACUUGA